AUGUGCAGAGUCUUCCCCACAGACCAAGUGGGUAAUGCAGAGAGUCGGAGUUUGGAGCACACAGACCUGAUCGUCCUGCCAGCUGUGUUUGUCUGCAUUGCUCUGGUGUUCAGCCUGAUUGUGCCCCCCUUUGGCAAGUACCCCAGCCUGGAACUUCAGCCCUGGGUGUACAACGAACAGUACACAUUUGUCAGAGAUGUGCCCUGCUCAGUGGGGGAGGAGGAGUGGACCACCGCCCCAGUUCCCCAGACCAUCGCAGACCUCUUCCAAAAUGGGAACUGGAUGAUAGAGAAUCCCUCACCCACCUGCCAUGUAGCAGUGACAAAAUCAAGAUCUGUCCGUGUGUCCUCUGGGGGCAGGGGGCCUGCCUCCCCCACAGAUUUUUUACUUGAAAAUUAUCACGUUUAAACUCCUAAAAAUGUGCUUUGGGAUGCCCGGGUGGCUGAGUGGUUGAGUAUCUGCCUUUGGCUCAGGGCGUGAUCCCAGGAUGCUGGAAUCGAGUCCCACUUCGGGCUCCCUGCAGGGAGCCUUCUUUUCCCUCUGCUUA